CCCGCCCUCAGGAUUGACCGCACGAGCCACCGUCCGCACAGCCCCGCCCCGCACGGCCAGGCGUAGCGGAGCCGGCCGUGCGGUGUGUGUGUAUGUGUUCGCGGGGCGCCGUCUCAGCCCCGGGAAGAUGGUGGCUGCAGCGGCGGCGACUGAGGCAAGGCUGAGGAGGAGGACGGCGGCGACGGCAGCGCUCGCGGGCAGGAGCGGCGGGCCGCACCGGGACUGGGACGUGACCAGGGCUGGAAGGCCGGGGCUGGGGGCCGGGCUGCGCCUCCCGCGACUGCUGUCGCCGCCGCUGCGGCCGCGGCUGCUGCUGCUGCUGCUGUUGCUCCCGCCGCCUCUGCUGCUGCUGCUGCCCUGUGAAGCAGAGGCCGCGGCGGCGGCGGCGGCAGUGUCGGGCUCAGCCGCAGCCGAGGCCAAGGAAUGUGACCGGCCCUGUGUCAACGGCGGCCGCUGCAACCCUGGCACCGGCCAGUGCGUCUGCCCCGCCGGCUGGGUGGGCGAGCAAUGCCAGCACUGCGGGGGACGCUUCAGACUAACUGGAUCUUCUGGGUUUGUAACAGAUGGACCUGGAAAUUAUAAAUAUAAAACGAAGUGCACAUGGCUCAUUGAAGGACAGCCAAAUAGAAUAAUGAGACUUCGUUUCAAUCAUUUUGCUACAGAGUGUAGUUGGGACCAUUUAUAUGUUUAUGAUGGGGACUCAAUUUAUGCACCGCUAGUUGCUGCAUUUAGUGGCCUCAUUGUUCCUGAGAGAGAUGGCAAUGAGACUGUCCCUGAGGUUGUUGCCACAUCAGGCUAUGCCCUGCUGCAUUUUUUUAGUGAUGCUGCUUAUAAUUUGACUGGAUUUAAUAUUACUUACAGUUAUGACAUGUGUCCAAAUAAUUGCUCAGGCCGAGGAGAGUGUAAGAUCAAUAAUAGCAGCAACAGUGUUGAAUGUGAAUGUUCUGAAAACUGGAAAGGUGAAGCAUGUGACGUUCCUCACUGUACAGACAACUGUGGUUUUCCUCAUCGAGGCAUCUGCAAUUCAAGUGACGUCAGAGGAUGCUCCUGCUUCUUAGACUGGCAGGGUCCUGGAUGUUCAAUUCCUGUACCAGCUAACCAGUCAUUUUGGACUCGAGAGGAAUAUUCUAACUUAAAGCUCCCCAGAGCAUCUCAUAAAGCUGUGGUCAAUGGAAACAUUAUGUGGGUUGUUGGAGGAUAUAUGUUCAACCACUCAGAUUAUAACAUGGUUCUAGCGUAUGACCUUGCUUCUAGGGAGUGGCUUCCACUAAACCAUUCUGUGAACAAUGUGGUUGUUAGAUAUGGUCAUUCUUUGGCAUUGUACAAGGAUAAAAUUUACAUGUAUGGAGGAAAAAUUGAUUCAACAGGGAAUGUGACCAAUGAGUUGAGAGUUUUUCACAUUCAUAAUGAGUCAUGGGUGUUGUUGACCCCUAAGGCAAAGGAGCAGUAUGCAGUGGUUGGGCACUCUGCACACAUUGUUACACUGAAGAAUGGCCGAGUGGUCAUGCUGGUCAUCUUUGGUCACUGCCCUCUCUAUGGAUAUAUAAGCAAUGUGCAGGAAUAUGACUUGGAUAAGAAUACAUGGAGUAUAUUACACACCCAGGGUGCCCUUGUGCAGGGGGGCUAUGGCCACAGCAGUAUUUAUGACCACAGGACCAGGGCCCUAUACGUUCAUGGUGGCUACAAGGCUUUCAGUGCCAAUAAGUACCGGCUUGCAGAUGAUCUCUACAGAUAUGAUGUGGAUACCCAGAUGUGGACCAUUCUUAAGGACAGCCGAUUUUUCCGUUACUUGCACACAGCUGUGAUAGUGAGUGGAACCAUGCUGGUGUUUGGAGGAAACACACACAAUGACACAUCUAUGAGCCAUGGCGCCAAAUGCUUCUCUUCAGAUUUCAUGGCCUAUGACAUUGCCUGUGAUCGCUGGUCAGUGCUUCCCAGACCUGAUCUUCACCAUGAUGUCAACAGAUUUGGCCAUUCAGCAGUCUUACACAACAGCACCAUGUUUGUGUUUGGUGGUUUCAAUAGUCUCCUCCUCAGUGACAUCCUGGUAUUCACCUUGGAACAGUGUGAUGCACACCGGAGUGAAGCCGCUUGUUUAGCAGCAGGACCUGGUAUCCGGUGUGUGUGGGACACAGGGUCGUCUCAGUGUAUCUCAUGGGAGCUGGCAACUGAUGAACAAGAGGAAAAGUUAAAAUCAGAAUGUUUUAACAAAAGAACUCUUGACCAUGACAGAUGUGACCAGCACACAGAUUGUUACAGCUGCACAGCCAACACCAAUGACUGCCACUGGUGCAAUGACCAUUGUGUCCCAAGGAACCACAGCUGCACAGAAGGCCAGAUCUCCAUUUCCAGGUAUGAGAAUUGCCCCAAGGAUAACCCCAUGUACUACUGUAACAAGAAGACCAGCUGCAGGAGCUGUGCCCUGGACCAGAACUGCCAGUGGGAGCCCCGGAAUCAGGAGUGCAUUGCCCUGCCUGAAAAUAUCUGUGGCAUUGGCUGGCAUUUGGUUGGAAACUCGUGUUUGAAAAUUACUACUGCCAAGGAGAAUUAUGACAAUGCUAAAUUGUUCUGUAGGAACCACAAUGCCUUUUUGGCUUCUCUUACAACCCAGAAGAAGGUAGAAUUUGUUCUGAAACAGCUGCGAAUAAUGCAGUCAUCUCAGAGCAUGUCCAAGCUUACCUUAACCCCAUGGGUUGGCCUUCGGAAGAUCAAUGUGUCCUACUGGUGCUGGGAAGAUAUGUCUCCAUUUACAAAUAGUUUACUACAGUGGAUGCCAUCUGAGCCCAGUGAUGCUGGAUUCUGUGGAAUUUUAUCAGAACCCAGUAUUCGGGGAUUGAAGGCUGCAACCUGCAUCAACCCACUCAAUGGUAGCGUCUGUGAAAGGCCUGCAAACCACAGUGCCAAGCAGUGCCGGACUCCGUGUGCCUUGAGGACAGCGUGUGGAGAGUGCACCAGUGGCAGCUCUGAGUGCAUGUGGUGCAGCAACAUGAAGCAGUGUGUGGACUCCAAUGCCUACGUGGCCUCCUUCCCUUUCGGCCAGUGUAUGGAGUGGUAUACGAUGAGCAGCUGCCCCCCUGAAAAUUGUUCAGGCUACUGUACCUGUAGUCAUUGCUUGGAGCAACCAGGCUGUGGCUGGUGUACUGAUCCUAGCAAUACUGGCAAAGGAAAAUGCAUAGAAGGUUCCUAUAAAGGACCAGUGAAGAUGCCUUCGCAAGCUCCUACAGGAAAUUUCUAUCCACAGCCCCUGCUCAAUUCCAGCAUGUGUCUGGAGGACAGCAGAUACAACUGGUCUUUCAUUCACUGUCCAGCUUGCCAAUGCAAUGGCCACAGUAAAUGCAUCAAUCAGAGCAUCUGUGAGAAGUGUGAGAACCUGACCACAGGCAAGCACUGUGAGACCUGCAUAUCUGGCUUCUAUGGUGAUCCUACCAACGGAGGGAAAUGUCAGCCAUGCAAAUGCAAUGGUCACGCAUCGCUGUGCAACACCAACACGGGCAAGUGCUUCUGCACCACCAAGGGCGUCAAGGGGGACGAGUGCCAGCUAUGUGAAGUAGAAAAUCGGUAUCAGGGAAACCCUCUCAAAGGAACAUGUUAUUAUACUCUUCUUAUUGACUAUCAGUUCACCUUUAGUCUAUCCCAGGAAGAUGACCGCUAUUACACAGCUAUUAAUUUUGUGGCUACUCCUGAUGAACAAAACAGGGAUUUGGACAUGUUCAUCAAUGCCUCCAAAAAUUUCAACCUCAACAUCACCUGGGCUGCCAGCUUCUCAGCUGGAACCCAGGCUGGAGAAGAGAUGCCUGUUGUUUCAAAAACCAACAUUAAGGAGUACAAAGAUAGUUUCUCUAAUGAGAAGUUUGAUUUUCGCAACCACCCAAAUAUCACUUUCUUUGUUUAUGUCAGUAAUUUCACCUGGCCCAUCAAAAUUCAGAUUGCUUUCUCCCAGCACAGCAAUUUUAUGGACCUGGUGCAGUUCUUCGUGACUUUCUUCAGUUGUUUCCUCUCUUUGCUCCUGGUGGCUGCUGUGGUUUGGAAGAUCAAACAAAGUUGUUGGGCCUCCAGGCGUAGAGAGCAACUUCUUCGAGAGAUGCAACAGAUGGCCAGCCGUCCCUUUGCCUCCGUAAACGUCGCCUUGGAAACAGAUGAGGAGCCUCCUGAUCUUAUUGGGGGGAGUAUAAAGACUGUUCCCAAACCCAUUGCACUGGAGCCAUGUUUUGGCAACAAAGCCGCUGUCCUCUCUGUGUUUGUGAGGCUCCCUCGAGGCCUAGGUGGCAUCCCUCCUCCCGGGCAGUCAGGUCUUGCUGUGGCCAGUGCCCUGGUGGACAUUUCUCAGCAGAUGCCGAUAGUAUACAAAGAAAAGUCGGGCGCCGUGAGAAACCGGAAGCAGCAGCCGCCUGCACAGCCUGGGACCUGCAUCUGAUGCUGGGGCCAGGGAUCUCCCGCGCACAAGCAAGUGAGUGGCACACCAGAGCCAUCUGCAGGGAAGGGCGCAGCAGGGAAAUGGCUGUGCGGUGCGGGGCAGAAGACUGGAAACUCUCGAAGCAUCUGACUCACCUGCAUGAUCACAAGCUUUCUUUGACGGUUUCUCCCAUCCGUGUUCCGGCAUCUAACCUUUUACUUUUGCAUAGGAAAUACUUGAUUUAAUUACAGGUCCAGGGAUGAGCUGAUUGUUGCUGCAGGAGGCCAGUGGAGAGCCAGUGAGAGAACUAGGAAAGACACUCAGGUUCACUGUGGAAAACUGUUCUUGGGACUGUCUCAACUGUGCAAAAAACAAAAGAUGGAGUGUUUACAAGUAGACUUUGUCAUCAGUUGUCCUUGAACAUGAUCUUUUAAAAACUAGUCAGAUGAAUUAACUUGUUUUCAUCUGAAGCCUGCUAUCUUUUUUUUAAAAGAUGUGCUAUUUAUUCUUGCACGAUUUAGGCAGUUCUCUCUCCUCCAGGGAGUACCUUUUUUUCUAGUUGAGAAUUAAUAAUGGUCCAUCUCUUUUGAUCAUAUCAAGCUAGGAUAGAAGGGGGCUAUUUUAAAUGUCAAGGUCAGCAGUGUUACUUUGAAUGUAAACUGGUGUAAUAGGCAGUUUUCUAUAGCAACUUGAUUAAUUUAGUCUUAAUCCAUUUGAAACUCUUUCCUUUCUCUCUGCCUGUCCCUCUCCUUUUCCGUCUCCAUCUCACCCUCCCUCUCUCACAUACACACUCACAUACACACAACACUAAGUGCCUAGACUUUAAAUAGAUCUAGCAAUUGGAAAGUUAGUAAGCCUAAGUUUUUACAUAAUUGCAUUCCUACAUUCUUGUAAAAUUUAAAUAGCUACCAUUGGCAAUCUGCUUUUUUUCUAAAAUCUGAUUUGCAGCCAGGAAAGAAUUUUCUCACCCCAAGGGACGUUUGACCUAGCAGCAGGGAUGAGAGGAAAGCAGAAAUGAAUGAACUGUGAAAGCUCCUGUUUUUACUGUCAAAAAGGACACUGUCAAGAAGGUGCCCCCUGCCCCCACCCUAGUGUCACCCUACGCCUGAUAAGUUAUCAGCCCUCUGGCCACCUCCUGCCAGGGCACAGAGGAAAGGACUCAUUCAUGUCACGUUUCCUUGAGCAGAAAAGAACACUGAGAACACUUGGGACCCCUGGAUCGGAGAGCAGCUGUGUGUCCUGCAGCCUGUUCUGAACUUGCGGUUCAUUCUCAGGCUGGGUGAACUCAGAUGCCAGGAGAGGGACAGCCUCCCACUGUCAGGCAGAAGCUGCCCAAAACCUGGAGAACGACCUGUUUGCCCUUUUUUCCUUAGGAAGGGCUCAACCCACCUACCCUCCCUCUCAGACAGAGGAGGUGGCUGUGAGGGGGGCAGUAAAUGGUGACAAGGAUGAAAAGCACAUGGAAAAAAUGGACAAGGAGGGAAAACUCUAUGCCAAAUGGAAAAUGACCAGAUUUAAGAGGGUGGGACAGUCCCCUGCUCCUCUCCCCAGAGGGCACUGCCUGGAAAUUGUGUUUUCCCCAUUUAUGGUGCUCUGUAUUCUGGCAUUAUGCAGCAGCAUCCCAGAAAGCUCUCUUCUGCUUCAAAACCUGGGAUUGCUGGCAUUACCCUAUUGGGAUGGACCUCUGGACAGCAAUACUCAAGUUUGUGAAUUUGGAGAAAUACUCAAAAGAGCUAAAACUGCGACAUUUCACCUUUAAAUGCAGUGCCUAGAGAGACAGUAUUAUCUCUUCCCCAACACUAACCCCACUCCCAUGAAGAUUUGCCUGGAAAGAUGUUUUCAAGGAAGUUGAACCAUAAAACACUAUCUGAUGCACAAAACACCUCUACUUCAAGACUCACCUCUCAUAAAGCUUCUUUUUCACAUUAUUGUUAAAGAGCAGAUGUUCUAAAAAAGACCCCUCCUCUCACAAGCUCCCUAUCCCUACUACAGAACACAGCACCCAUGGAGCCUGCUGUGGACUGGCCCUCGAUUCCCACAGUCCCCUGGGUGAGGCAAAAGGGAGGCCCUGGGCAUUGUCUUCCUGCAAGGAAGAUCCUCUUCAUUUGUUCAGAGGACCAGUUUUCCUUGGCCAAAGAAGUCUCUUUCCCUGUGUUAGUCCUAUGCCUUGAAAUAUCAUGCACCAUGACCUGCAGCCAUCUGGUUGUGUCUUAAUUUUUUCCUAAAAGAUAAUGUUUAUUUUUAAAAAGGAAGGAAGGAGCAAGUGAAGUUUCAUUCUGCUCCAGCAGUGGGGAAACUGCUAAAUCCACCUGCUUCUCCUUUGCAACCAACAGCAAAUAGCUUCCUCCAGCCUCAGGGCAGAAAAAGGGAAUGGCAGGGAGUAAGAGGCUCUGGGCUGAGAGCCUGUUACCAAGAGGGAAUGGGUUGUCAUCUGGCAAUGUUGCGUGUCACAAGAGAGCCUGUAUAUAAAUUAAAAUAGUCAAGAAAACACUGACCUUGCACUUGUACAUAACUAUACAGUAGUGUCCAGAAUGUUCAGACAUUUGGAGUGUACAUAAAAAAGAAAAAAAUCUUAAUGUAUUUUUAUUAAAUAUAACAAUGUCUGAGUUUCACCUAAGUUGUUUUUGUGCCAUAUGCUGGAUAUCCAGGUUCUGAGAGUUCCUCUCGCCAGGCCCUGAUACGUGAAUAACAAAGCCAAGAAAUGCAUCCCCAUCAUGUUGAUGUGUUCGCAUGCAUCUGGCACCAAUUAGGUAAUUCUUAAAAGAGGACUCAUCUGUUAGAGUGUAUAUGAAAAAUCAGGCAGGGGGCUGGGCACAGUGCCUCAUGCCUAUAAUCCCAGCACUUUGGGAGGCUGAGGUGGGCGGAUCACCUGAGGUCAGGAGUUCGAGACUAGCCUGACCAGCAUGGUGAAACCCCAUCUGGGCGUGGUGAUGCAUGCCUGUAAUCUCAGCUACUUGGGAGGCUGAGGCAGGAGAAUCGCUUGAACCUGAGAGGUGGAGGUUGUGGUGAGCCAAGAUUGCACUAUUGCACUCCAGCCUGAGAAACGAGCCAAACUACGUCUCAAAGAAAGAAAAACCAGGCAAGGAAUCCAAAUGGCAGCCUUGAGGGGACUCAGGAAACAGAGGCAUCUCUGCCGCUGCCAUUGGCCCUGCAAGCACAUCAUGACCCUUUCUGGCAGCCCCUUGGUACUCUGGGUAGUGAGGGAUGACCAGUCUUGUCCUGAGAAAUGUUUCUCUUAGUCUUUAAGAUCAAAGACUAUAACCUGUGGCAAUCAGACUUUCUAAAAGGGGGUUCUCCAUUUUUUGUAGUUUUGUCUAAAUUUUUAAUGACCAUUUCCUGGAAUCAGUUUAUUAUACUGAAAACUGGGGGUGGCAGUAGGGAGCUAGUUUGUUAAUAAAUAGCUCCCAUUUCCUCAUGGAGAAUUCGACACACCCUGGACUCCUGUGUGCCCCCUGCCACCCCUGCACACAGCCUGGGGAGGAGCCUGCACCUCCCUGUGUGGAGAGAAGGCAACCUCAGAUCCCCUGAGGUAACCCGGAGGAAAGGCAGCCAUGGAGAGAAGCCUGUCAGAAGAAGGAAAGUACUGGAAUACCUGUGGGUAAGGCCGGCCAUUCAAGACUGGAGACACACCAGGAAAUAAAAAGACAAGGCGGGGCACUGCCGGCAGGAAGAGGCAUUUUACCUUCCGGUGUAAAUCUUGCUCCUUUAAUUGUGGGUAUUGGGGCCAGGGGCUGAUUUGCUUCCUUGGGAGCUGGUGGUGGUUUCAUGAAUGUCUUUGAUCCUUCCAUUUCAUUUAUUCACCCAUCCAUUCAAUAAGUAUUUGCAAAACACUAACCUAAGCUAAUGCUAGGGUAGUGACUGAGAUAUAAAAAUAGAUUUUAGAAUUAAAACAAAAUCCAACUCCUCACACUCACACCCCUGUCAUCCCUGGAGAUCUUUCCUUAUGGUGGUUUUUUUGAGAAUUGGCCAUCAUGAGGACAGAGCCGGGGUGGCAGAGGCCUCCUGUCCUCAGGGAGUGCCCUGCCUACCUUCUGAAAUGUUUACCCCAUGACCAAACUUGGCUGCAGCCACUACAGUGGCUUCUAGAUAGCCAGCCCACCAAGAGACAUUGCCCCUUGAGGGAAGUCAGACACCCUGCCUACAGGGAGGUGCUUUGGAGUGGAAAGGAAAAUUGGCGCCUUCUCUUUUAAAGGCAAUAAUGGAAUCAACUUUCAGUAACUGAAUUUGUGCACAAAACGUUCUAAACACUAGUGAAGCCUGUUUCGUUGAACUAAUUCUGGCUCUGGAAAUGUUUUUGUUUAGUUAUUUACAGUUUUGUUUGGAUUCAAGCUUAGUUUGUUAAUAUGUAUAAUUUAGCAUCUAUUACACAUGUAAAUAUGGAGUAAGUUUGUAAACUAUUUCAUUGCUGGGGAUUGUGGGUGUUAUACAUACAUUUAGGACUGCGAUUUUUUGGUAUUUUUUGUAUUGUAAAAUAACAGCUAAUUUAAGCAGGAACAAGAGAACCAAGGGAGGUCUGUGCAUUUUAAACACAAAUGUGAAGAACUUGUAUAUAAACAAAAGUAAAUAGUACAAUACAAACUUCCUUCUGAAAUAAAAGUAGAUCUGGUAAAAAUGUG